CCAGUGCAGUACUACAGCUUCCUAUACAACAAACACCUAGCUAAUCGACAAUAAUGAACCCCCAAGAAGUGCCAAAGAAGUUUAAGAAGCCAAUACCGAGUCCUUCCUCCACAUACCCCUCUUCUGCUGGCGCUGGGAACACCGCCCCCCGCGCUCCCGGUGCUGGCCCCAAGAUUCCCGCAUUCUUCUUAAAGAUGGGUGGCUUUUACAGUCGCAUGUCCUUCCCCGAAAAGAUGUUUUUAUGGGGGAGCACCAUGGCAUUGUCUUACUUGGGUAUGCGAGUUACCGGGAACGAGAAUGAAAAGGUUGAGUUGAGGCAGUUGGCCGAGGCCCAAGUGGAACGUGAAAUGGCCGAAAUGAGGACCCAGAAAUAGCCCCCCAAGAUUUUUACCAAGAUUCAAAUACAACACAAGUCAUCAGAAUAAUGCUCGCAGAGCCUUGGCCACAAACUCGUCACAACCACCAGUAAGAUGGCGCAAACGGUUGGCAAUGAUGACUCCCCGGGCGCAAUCCUACGGGAGAACUACAUAAAGAAUCAUAUCGUUCAAUUCAUCUACAUACAGCCA